AUCUCCACCCUUCUUCAUAUAGGAGUAUAACAUUAAAAUUUGAGUUCCCAACCUCCUUUGAUUUCUUUUCUUCUCAUCAACUAAAUUUCAAAAUUAGGAUAAGUUUAACGGUUUGAUAAAAAAAAUCCUAUUUAGUGGAUAAGAUGAUAACAAUCAUCAAGUUUUCUACCCUCUUAUAGUUAAUCCCCUUCCUAAAAUCUGUAUCUCUUCGAAUAUUAUCCUUUUUCUCAACAAAUUUUUUGAUUCUCUGAACAAGUAGUGUAUAUAUCCGAAAUUUUCUCACACUUUUCCAACUCAACAUUAUAGCAGCUUAAUCAGUAUUCAGUAGUAGUACUGUUGAGUAAGAGUAGUAUAGUUUUAGUACUCUCAGUGAAUUUGGAUGGACCCCAUUGUAGAAAUGGAGGCUAAGCUAGCCCAAGACCCGCACCCGCAGUCGCCCUCGGCGAAGCGGGUUUGGGUCCCAGGCCCGGUGAUCGUUGGUGCAGGCCCAUCGGGCCUGGCGGUGGCGGCAUGCUUAAAAGAAAGGGGGAUCCCUAGGUUGAUCCUAGAGCGGGCCCAGUGCUCGGGCUCGCUCUGGAAAAACCGAACCUACGACCGGCUUAGGCUCCACCUUCCGAAGCAGUUCUGUGAGUUACCUCACCUCCCAUUCCCACAAAACUUCCCUACUUACCCAAGCAAGGAGCAAUUCAUCAGUUACCUUGACUCAUACGCAACCCACUUCAACCUCAAGCCCCUCUUUGGGCGGGCUGUGGUUCGGGCCUGUUACGAUACUCGAAACGAGCUGUGGCGGGUGCUGGUGGCGGGGCCGAAAAAAGAGGUGGUUGAGUAUAGUUGCCAGUGGUUGGUGGUGGCAACAGGAGAGAAUGCAGAGGCCUUUGUACCUGAGAUUGAAGGAAUUGAGGAUUUUGUAGGGCCUAUUAUUCACUCAAGUGAGUAUAAGAGUGGUACUGAUUUUAGUAACAAUAAGGUUUUGGUGGUUGGUUGUGGAAAUUCAGGUAUGGAGGUUUGCUUGGAUCUUUGCAAUCAUAAUGCUUAUCCUUCUUUGGUUGUUAGGGAUUCUGUACAUAUACUCCCACAACAAAUGCUAGGAACUUCAACUUUUGGAUUGUCAAUGUGCUUGCUAAAGUGGUUUCCACUUAAGCUAGUGGAUCAAUUUUUGCUCUUAAUCUCUCGUCUAAUGCUUGGUGAUACGGCCCAAUUAGGAAUAACUAGGCCCACAAUUGGCCCCCUUGAAUACAAGAGCAUCGCAGGAAAGACUCCAGUGUUGGAUAUCGGGACACUUGCUAAAGUCAAAGCUGGGAAUAUCAAGGUUUUUCCGGGAAUUAAAAGAUUAACACGUCAAGGAGCAGAGUUUGUUGAUGCAAGAAUGGAGAAUUUUGAUGCUAUUAUUCUUGCCACAGGUUACAAAAGCAACGUACCAUCUUGGUUAAAGGAAACCACUAUGUUCUCUAUGAAAGAUGGAUUUCCGGAGGGAUGGAAAGGCGAGAACGGGCUAUAUGCCGUAGGUUUUACCAAACGCGGCUUGCUUGGUGCUUCGCAUGAUGCUUUAAAAGUAGCUGAGGACAUCGAUCGAGAUUGGAAAAGUAAGACAAAGCAAAUUAUAAUGCAACAACGAUCAUUUUUUUGACUCAAAGAGCUCAUAUUACAAGUGCCACACUGCCACAUGUUUUUUGGAUGUUACAACUUUUGGUUUUUUUUUUGGGUUUAAGUAUAUAAUGAGUCCAUGUAUAUAUUUGUGUAAAUACUCCUAGAGGUGCCCUUGGGAGGCAAAAUAGAAAGAGUUAGGAUAGUUUAUAUUUAAGUAGAUUCAUCCUAGGUUCAAUUUAGCACAUAUGCUUCAAGGCAAUAUUGUAAUGGUGGUCACUUGCAAUAUAUAUGUAUGUGUUCCCAUCGAUUUUGGAAUAAAUAACUUUAAUUAACUUUUUUUUUUUGUGUAUAGACGAUCAUCUUUAUUGUAUUUUCAUCAUGUUACAAUAUU